GAGAGAGUGCAUGAGCUGAAAACAUCCUGUUACUGUCCGGCAGCAUCCAGUGAUUCUGCAGCCGACACAUCGAGCGCCCGAUCAGGAUGGCAACCUUAUAGACUGGCAUCAUUCAGCGCAAUGGCUGUGGACGCAGCAUCCCAUUUCAGCUUUUGUCGAAAUGCCCUGGAUCAAAGUGUGUCAAAUGAUGAUUUAAACUGUGGCCUGCAAGAUGAAACCGAUAACCCUGCCUGGAAUGAUGGGGGAGGUCAACAGACAUCUGGAGGCAGCAACAUAAAACUCUUACAGCAGCCAGGAACUGAACAUUUUCAGCUGGGAUCCAGUGAUGGGUAUUAUAGUUUUCACACAAGUCCGACAUUCUCAAGACACGCCAAGCCUGUUGUACUGUGGACCCAGCAGGAUGUUUGUAAAUGGUUAAAGAAACAUUGCCCCCACAAUUAUCUGACCUACGUGGAAGCUUUCUCUCAUCAUGCAAUAACAGGUCGGGCACUGCUUAGGCUAAACGGUGAAAAGCUGGAACGGAUGGGAAUAGUGCAGGAAGGUCAAAGACAAGAGGUACUUCAGCAGGUUCUACAGCUGCAGGUACGAGAGGAAGUGAGAAACCUACAACUACUUAGACAAGCCUCAUUUGACAAUGGCUCGUAGCUGACGCUUCCUUGCUGUGAAAGUGUGGAUCUUCAAUACCACGGGAUAAUAUGAGGAGUAAAUUUGAAACUGUGGAGAAUCAUGUGGUGAACUAAUGUGAUCAUUCUGGAACAGGGGAAAUCCAGCCCAAGCUGAUUUGCAAAACUUAAUGAUAAUCUACUUAUCUUGUUUUAAGGCAAAGAAAAGCAACACUGAAAUUUUCUUUUAUAGUUUUGUAAAUUAAAUACAAAUAUCCAGUCAACUGUUAGUGGUGAUUGAACGGUGCUACAAUUCACUAUUUUCUCUGUUACAUUUGACAUCUAUCCCGUUAAUAGUUUUUCGUAACAUUAGGUAGGGAAUCCACUUCUUUGGCAUGACAGUAAAAGGAAACUGCUUCGGAAAUGUAUAAUUCGGGCCUAUGGAGCUUCUCCAGGGCUCCUAUUAAUCUACAAAAUUAUCUUAGGUUGUUUCAAUAUUGCCACUGCUGAUUUAACUGUUUGUAACAUAAAAUUUUGACCAGUGAGAAGAAUGCCUCAUGAAAGUUCUGGAGUAUUUUAAAUAAAAUUAUCAUUUUACUAUGCCAGUGCCUGGCUCCUCAAGAUAAAACCAAAUUAAAAACUGGCACAGCGUUAGCUGUAACAAAGUGGUUAUCUGAAAACAAAUUCAAGAACAAAUUCAAGAAAGAGCAUAAAGUGAAUAUGGCCAAUUCUAGACACUUCAUCUCAGUGGGAAAAAAAAGGUUUUUAGUAAGCAUCAUUAAAUUGAUUCAAAGGAAAUUCAGUACUUUUCGACUGAAGAACUAAUUUCUAUUGAUGGAUUAAAAAGCAAAUGGAGACUUAGCUCUGUGAUUUUUCACCAAACCCAACCAGUAAUUUAAUAUUGAUAUUGCAUGUGACUUAGGAGGAAGAAUGAUCUUUGUAUAUAUAGAUGUAAAUAGCUGUUAGGUAAGUCACUGGUAUGAAUAACAUUACAGGCAGAAGAUAAUUUGCAAAAAAUUUCAACAAAAAUAGUAAAUAUUAGUUUGAGGCACAGUUUUAAAAUGGUUAUUUAAUAAUUUCCACUAAGAAUCAGGUUUUGAAAUACCUGUCACAUCAGCAGUUGUCUUUGACUAUAUCUUAUGCUUAGGUCACUCUUGAUAGGAAGCAAAAGUUCCCAAAAGAGUCCUAAAUUAUUGGUUUUAAGUGACUACUGUUAAUGCAGAUAUGAAAGUCCUGAAUCUUAAUGCUGCUGUUAAGAAUGUAAUAUGCAUACUACCUAAAUCUAUAUGGCUUGUAUUCCUCAAAUAAGUUGCAACUUCAAGAGUACUAUACUAACAUAGCAAAUAAUGAAUAGCAUUGAAGAAAAUGCUAUUCACUGUGACCCCAGGCUGCCGCCAUUACUACUUGAAAUGGGCAGUGUUCAUACAGCAAGCAAUUCUAUCUCCACUUGGAGACAAUUCCAAGAUAAUGUGGCCAAGGCUAACCAUCCACACUCAUAUAGUACUUUGGCUGGAGAUGAUGUUUGAAUGUACCUUCUUAAAAGCAUGACUCCUAGCUGAGGCCAUGGAACUAACCCUUCUAUGUGACAUUGCUCAAGUAAUCAAAACAGCCUUUACAUUCAUUAUUUCAACAACGUUUUUCUGAUUUUCAUUAUCAAUUGAUACAGAUCAGUUUGUGCUGCUGCUUGUGCUGAGUACAUCAAAUACACUACUUCUGGCAAAAAUAGCCCAGAAAAUUUACUUCAAAAUGGAAAAAAAUACAGAUGACGUAAAUCAGAAAUAAAACAGAAAAUGCUAUAAGAAUCUAGUAGGUCAGGCACCAUCAAUGGAAAGAAAAGCGGUUACCAGUUUAGGAUGAA